UGUAUCUUUCGCCCCGCCAGGCACAGGCGCCUGGGGUUAGUUGGCUGCCGGGGUAUGGCAGGGCUCAGGCAGGCUCCCUGGCCUCGCCCGCCCCUUAGCGGUUGGGCUUUGCUGCCCUAGGCGGGCGUGAGGACGGGUCCGUAGGUUUCUCGCUGCGGGGGCAGCUCGGCGGACGGACCGGCCCCGCCUGCCCCGGGAGCAGAGCGCUGCCGUUCAGCGUAAGUUAGCGUGUCCGCCCCGAGGGCAAAUGGCGCAGGGACGAGCCAGGUCGAGCCGGGCGCAGGUGCCCGCCAGGCCCGGGCUGGAGGCGGGGCUGGCAGGUGUUUCUAGAACAGGAGAUGGAAUCUCAAAUGUCUUCCAGAAGUGCAUUGUCGCAGCACAGAUCAAGGCAGCAUGGCAGAUCUACACAAUACGAUGAAGUAUUUGUGGAUUCCUCUUUUCUAGAAGAUACAGCAAGUCUGCCUCAAAGUUCACAAAAUGCUGAACUGCUACUGAGUGCGGAUUGCUUGCCGCCACCACCGCCUCUCCCACUGCAACCACCUCUUGGCCCUGAAUUUUACCCAAGUAAUAGUGAAGAACCCUCUGAUCUCAAACCAGUAAGACGAUUUAUUCCAGACUCCUGGAAGAACUUCUUCAAAGGGAGAAGAAAUAAUCCAGAAUUGGAUAAGCCAUCAUCAGAUAUAAAAUACACUUCGGGUGGAGUUGAAUGUUCUCCACCAGGGUCUCCAGUACAGCAAAACCACAAGUCAGCUGCUAGUUCCUAUAAAGACCCAUAUGGAGGGUCAGGUGGAAGCUAUAAUUCACGCAAACAAGCUGAAGCCAUGCUUACCCAAGAUCCUUAUGCCUCCCUAGAACGACAUACUCAAAUGGCUCUAACUUACAGUGAGAAGGUGGAAGCUUAUAAUUUGAGAUACUCCUACAUGAAAUCAUGGGCAGGUUUACUCAGAAUUCUGUGUGUUGUAGAGCUGCUUUUAGGUGCAGCUGUCUUUGCUUGUGUCACAGCCUAUAUACACAAAGAUAAUGAAUGGUACAACAUGUUUGGAUACUCGCAGCCAUAUGGUUUUACAGCAAACAGUAUAUAUGGAGGCUAUUAUUAUAGUGGCCCCAAAACCCCUUUUAUACUUGUUGUAGCAGGCUUGGCUUGGGUAGUGACUAUAGCGCUUCUAGUGCUUGGCAUGUCCAUGUACUAUCGAACUAUUCUUCUGGACUCAAAUUGGUGGCCUUUAACUGAAUUUGGAAUUAAUGUUGCAUUAUUCAUUCUGUAUAUGGCUGCUGCAAUAGUCUAUGUGAAUGAUGCUAACCGAGGUGGACUCUGCUAUUACCAAUUAUUUCAAACUCCAAUGAAUGCCUCAUUUUGUCGCAUAGAAGGGGGACAGACAGCAGCAAUGAUCUUUUUGUUUGUCACGGUGAUUAUCUAUCUUAUUAGUACAGUAGUUUGCCUAAAGCUAUGGAGACAUGAAGGAGCAAGGAGGCAUAGAGAAUUAAUGGAACAAGAGAUGAAAACACAAUCUUUUCUACCACAAAGGACGUAUGAAAGUAAAGACAGACCAAGAGAAGAAGUCAAUUACAAGCAAUUUAAGUCGGUGGAAAUGAAACCUGAACUACUUAAUGGCCACAUACCAUCAGGGCACAUUCCUAAGCCUAUAGUGAUGCCAGACUACUUAGCGAAAUACCCAGCAAUUCAGACAGACGAUGAGCGAGAUCGCUAUAAAGCUGUGUUUAACGAUCAGUAUGCUGAAUAUAAAGAGCUCUCUGCUGAAGUUCAGGUGGUCUUAAAAAAAUUUGAUGAUUUGGAUGCAUUGAUGAGCAAGCUGUCUCUUCACCCUGAAAACACACUGGAACAUGACAGAAUUUCAAAAGUUCUGCAGGAAUACAAAAAGAAGAAGAAUGAUCCUACAUUUCUGGAGAAAAAGGAACGUUGUGAAUACCUAAAGAACAAACUUUCUCACAUAAAACAAAGAAUUCAGGACUACGAUAAAGUUAUGAAUUGGAACAUACAGACAUAGUAUCACUUUAACUUUAUGUGGAAGCAACUUAGUAUUUCGAAAUAGAAAUUAUUUUUAAAUAUUUAUCUUCACAUUUAUCAGCUUCCUAAUGUGAAACCAAUUGCUUCCUCAAUCAAUGCCUGUAUGUAGUAUAGUUAAAUCUUGUGCGUUUCAGACAGGUUUUGUAUGCAAUCCUAUUUUAAAUGCAAUAUAACAAAUAAGUUAACAAGCUAUUUUAUGGCAUCUACAUUAAUUGUAUGCUUUAUUACUAGAUAAAUGCCCAAGUCUGUCCCUUUUUAUGAAAUCAUAGGUAUAUUUUUACUCAUCUGUUCUCCCUUUCUUCUGUCUCUCUCUUUAAAUGUGUGCACCCUUUCCACCAGAUCUGGUUCUUCUAGAUCUAGUCAAGAAUCUGUGCAGUAGUGCUGUAACAACCUCAGAUAGUGACUUGGUGUAUUUCCUGUAUAGUUAGAGCCCUGCAGAUCUGCAGAUAUCCACUUCAUAUCCACAGACCAUGUUUGCAGAUUGGAUGCAGAUACAAAUUUUGAAUCUGUGCAGGGCUCUACAUAUGGUAUUGGAAAUAACUGGGCUGUUUUUAUGGCCAUAAUUCAGCAGAGUAUUUAAGCACUUCAGUUCAAAUAAAUGAAACUGUUCAUUCAUGUCCUUACAUGCUCCACGGAAUCAGAGCCACUUGUUAGUCUUUGCCCACUUUUUUCCCCAUUCUGAGGAUUGUUGCUUUCUAUGGGGUGAACCCACAGAUUUCUCAGAAACUACUGAUUGGCGUCUGCCAGACAGGAAGGAGAGAAAUGUGGUACAAGCCUUCUUACUGUUUGAUCCUGAAUAUUUAUUUAAUUCUUAUAUCUUUGUCUUUUCUCAUGCAGAAGUUCUAAAGAAAGCAGUUGAGGUUUUGCCUGAAUAAGGACUGCAGAACAGGUCCUAUAUUAGCAACCAUAGCAUAGCUUAAUUCUGACCUCUGCCUUGCAGAGGUGAGAUAACUUAUUCACAUUCAAGAGGAACAUGACUCUCUUGUUUGAGAAAACUGGAGAGAGUAGCUGAUGGAGGUAAUUGUAAACAUUAGGAGUCAAUUGUACACAAAUUUUAAACUUAAUUCUCAGUAUAAAACCUCCCCAAAAAGUUACGGUAUAUAAACCAUAAGCAUGCGAUGAAAAUCCAAGUGAAAUGUUGUUCACUGAUGAGACACAAGCCUCUAGAGAUUUAGCGUACCUUUAUACUAAACCUUACAAUGUGGUUUGAAUUUGUAAAUCUAUCUUGUAUCACAGUUGUAAAUACUUACAAACUUAUGAAAACAAUAUCAUCUUAUGAGUUUUAUCUUUGUAUGAACUUUUUUUACUAAUUAAAAUACACUAAAAUCGUUAGUCAUUUUCUCAUUGGUAGUAGCCUCUUCACUGAACAGUUUUCGGAACCAAUGUGUCACUGGACAUUUUGUUCUGAAAUAUGUUGUUCAAAUGUCCAAAACAAUACAUAAACAUAAUACUUGGAGUCUUGCUAUAAGUGCUUGGAGCCAAUUGCUUUUGUUAGGAUUACAUCAUGGCUUUCAUUAGAGGUCUUUUUUACUGGAACUUUCUAUGCUUGGUCUCAGUUUAGAAGGGAUUAUAUCUCCAAGCUAUAAUCCGUUAUUACUAUGGUAGCUUUCCGAGUGUAGAGAGGUAUGUUGGUAGCUCCUAGUGUAAGGCUGUAGUGUUUCCGUCUGACCUUACACUGCUGUUCUACAGCACUGCAAGGAUCUGUAAUUCAAAGCCACUUCUAGCUUUCCCCCCUCUUUUUUUAAAAGAAAAGGGGAACACUUAAAGUGAAAAAAAUUCACUAAUAUCAGUGAUGGGUUUCAGUACUCAAGAUAUGGAAUUGGGAUUGUUGACUUCCCAGCAUGCUGUUAACUUGGUCACAUUGCUUAUCACAUAGAUUUUUGAGAGCUUUAUUGUGCUACACACUUCAAAUGAUAACCA